GUCAACUCUAUGACAUAACCUUUUUGUGGAAUUACGGUUCCAAUUAUUUCUAAAAAUUUGAAUUGAAUUAAAAAUGAACUAAAAGCACUAUCCCAAAUACAGAACACGUAAUAAUAAUCCCAAGGGUCUGCUCUAGUUAAUUUGUUGUAAGCUACCAUUACCUACGUUUUAAAUUAUCUUAAAAAAAUUAAACAUUCGUUAGAAUGCUGGGAACAAAGUUAAUAAAGUUUGUAAUGAGAAAUAAUAUAUUGAAACAAAACAAAUUAGCAACAAUAUCAUCAUCUUUGCAAUGUCAACAACUGCGAUACAAAAGUGAUCUCUAUGAGCCAGAUUAUCUCAUUAGUAUGGAACCUGAUGAGCCAGUAUAUGAUUGCCUGAAUUUGCAAUUAAAAGGAUAUGAUUUUGCAUUGUUAGAAGCUUGCCAGAGUCAAAUCCACAGAUAUGCUGAAGUCAUGGGUCUCACAGUUGAUGAAUGUUGGGCGACACCAGCACAACAACUCAAAGUGCAGCGUUUCAAACCUAAAGGAACUGCAGUAGAUGCUGAAUAUCACUUAAAUAUUUAUGAAAGAAAUGUACAGGUGAGCGACGUGCCGGCCUGGGCGCUGGGCACGCUUCUGCGCGUGGCGCGCGCGAGCCUGCCCGAGGGCUGCUCGCUGCGCGUGCACGAGCACGCCGUCGAGCACGAGGAGGUGCGCUACGUGCCCGACAACCAGCUGCGCGAGCUCAAACAGCAACUCGAAGACAUGGGCGGCAGCCGCGCCGACAAGAAGAAGAGAAAGUAGCGCGUGUGUCGAUUUAUUAAAUAGUGCGUUAUAGAUCGUUUCAUCCACGAAGACGCGCCUCAUCAUUCUUCCGUUAGGCGGGUUUUAGAAUCGCGCUGACCGCUCGCUGAUCGUCCGCGCUGACAAAUNCUGACAAACAAAAUGUAUGUAAUUAAAGGGAACGUUCCUGAGUGACGCUGAUCGCUCGGCGCCGACGCUUCAUACAUUUCGGCUGUCAGCGCUGACGGUCAGCGUGACUCUAAAAGCAGCCUUAAUGUUUGAGUGUUAUCGGUACACGCUAAAUCAUCCAUGAGUGCACACGCACACUACAAUAAUGACGCUCGGAUUACUCAGAUCAAACUCACCGCGGGUGCGGGGGAGGGUUCCCUCGAUCGAAAAUUGGUGGGGUGCGUCUUCGUGGAUGAAACGAACUGUAAUUGAGUGUUAUCUAGUUGUUUCAGGAAAUAAAUAUUUAUGAUUAGUACGGA